AUGAGCCCCAGUAAUAAAAUAAAAAAAAAAAAAAAAAAAGCCUCGACGAUCUACGACUAUCCCAAGGAUCUUUCCGAUCACCGACCGGUCUUGAUCGUACUAGCUCUCUCAGACGAUCUUGAUGCGGCUCUCCCACAGCUCAGCCUACCUACCACAUCCGACCAACUACAUCGAAUCAAUACCACAACCUUCAAGACGGUGGAAUUUCAGCGGAUGAUGGAAGGAUGGUUGGAAGGGGCAAGCGGGGAGGAUCCGGUGCGAGAGCUUGAGGAGGUUCUGGAGGCGUGCAGGGACAGGGGUGGGGAGAUGGCGAGGAGGCUGCAUCGGGAGCGGACGGAACGGAUGGAGUAUUUGGUGGGAGGGUGCAGGAUCUGGAGGCGUUACCGGUAUGGGGGGAGGCGGAAACGGCAGAAUGGACAAGGACGUCCGAGGAACUCAAGCGGGCGGUCGAGGAGCGCGCGCGCCUACUCCGGAUCCGAGCCCACGUCCCCGAGAUCGCUUCCGAGGAACGACUGUCGCGGCCGGUCCCACGCCAAGCUCGCGGCGCGGAACUCGGACUCCAAGAUCACAGCACUGCGCUUGGGCAACGGAGAGCUAACGCAUGACAUUGAUGUCGCUCUUGACCACACGCAGGCGCAUUUCCAGCGCCUCUUACCACAUCGAGCCUCGUGAUCCGGAACGCGUCGACCGACUUCGGGACGAACUCCUCGUGCCGAUCAGGGCGGCACGGACUUGCGACGACCCGCGCUCAGAUCCGCUCUUUCUGCGCCGACUCUCGGAAGCGCAGAUUGAUCUCCUCCAGCAACCCAUCACCGAGGACGAGGUCGUGGCCGCGAUCGGGACGACGCACCCGGGGCGAUCGCCGGGCCCGUCGGGGCGUGCCUUACGAACUCUAUCAGACCGCACCGGAGGCGUGGUCCAAGGGUGCUGACCAAGGCCUACAACGCGAUGAUCGAGCGCGGUUUCACUCUCUCCCAAGCGGGCCAGGGACUCGUGCGCCUCAUCUUCAAGCGCCACAAGAAGAAUGGCCGAUCGCGCCGAACCUCUCGUCGUAUCGCCCCAUCACCCCUGCGCGAGUGCGAUUACAAGAUUUUUACCAAGGUCUACGUCGCCCGAUUGAACCAAAUCUGCGCCGAUCUCCUCCCGCCGCAGCAGCACGGCUUCGUCAAGGACCGCCCGAUCGGCCGACGCUGCACUACACCUUCGUCUCCUGAUCGAGGAACUUGCGCGCGCGCAGGACCGAGUUCCCCGCGGCCGCGCUCUUGUCUCUUGACCAAUCAUCCGCCUACGACCUCGUCGAGCAUGACUGGAUCUUUGCCAUUUUCGACGCUCUGGGCGCUCCUACCACCUUUCUUCGCGUGCUGAGGAUGCUCUACUCGGGUGACUCGACCUCGGCGCGCCUACAUCAUCAAUGGGUUCCUGACGGCGCCGGUGCGACUGACGUGUGGGCUCGGCCAAGGGGACCCGGCGUCAUCGUCGGUCUGGGACAUCGUGUUUCAGCCGUUCCUGGAUGCUCUACACCGUCGAAACAUCGCGCUGAAUCUCUCCAUACCUGCACUUCAUCCGUACCCACAGAGCCGCGCCAUUACAUCACUUGCAUUUGCCGAUGACGUUGUCGUCGCCGUCGCGGGCUUGGAGUCACUCAACUUGCUCGAUGACCUGGCGCUCGACUGGAGGCAUGCAACGAAUGGCCGGCUCAACACGGACAAGACGGUCGUCCUACCGAUUGGACGUCGCUGGGACCCUGGGGAACGGCCAAUCGUCGUCAAGGCCGCAGGCGAGUCGCUCGAGUGGAUCGGCCUCCCCUUCGACCCCAGCGGCGACACCGAACUCGCCUACGCGAAUCUCAUCGAACGGCUCGAGGCGACGCUGGAAGCGGUUCAGCAUCGCUGGCUCACGCACCACACCCGUGCCUUUUACGUCAAUCGGUACGCCAUUCCCAAGAUCCUGCAUUUCCUUGCAGCCGACAUCCGCCGCCCGAAGUCGUCAAGAAGCUCGAUGACAUGCUCGUCGAUUUCGUCCGUGGGGGCAAGGGCAGGACCAGCUACGGCAGAGACAUUGUGUUCACCGCCAAGAACAAGGGGGGACUCGGGGUGAUAAGGAUGCGGGACGUUGUGGACGCGGUUGCGGCACGGCUCUGGGACGUUCUUCUCGGCGGUUCCGGCGCGAUUUGGCAAGGACUUGCGCGCGCAUCACUCCAGCGAGCUCAGCCCGACCUCGACCUGGCCACCGAUCUCUGGCCACAUCCAUCCACUCCCAUCCCCAACGACCUUCAUCCCCGAUGGCACGCCGCACUGGGCGUUCCGAAACUUCACGACGCGCAGGUCAACCCGAGGGCCUUGACCACCGCGAACUUGCUCGCGCUGCCCACCCUGCUCGGCAGCCUCCACACCCCCAUCAGAGGGAGACAGACCAUCGACGCGGUUCAUGUACCUGACUACCUUCGUCUCCAGGGCUACCCGAAGGUGGCGGAUCUCUAUCGACGCGAGUUGUAUGCGGGUGGGGGGUUUCACCUCUGGACGCCGCCGGCGGAUGUGCUCGGCGACAACAGCGAGUACGAUCGACGCGGGCUCCCGCAGCGACUGGCAAUCGCGGCCUGGUACCGGUUCACUGUCGAUCGACACAAGAACACCCCCUUGGCGGCGGCGGUGGCGGCGGGACGACUCAACGUGCCUCCCCGGAUCGGCACCAGCGCACCACUCGAGGCGAUCAUCCCCAAGCCCGUGGCCCGCUUCGCAAUGGAGCAGCGCCUUCCGGACCCGGUGCUUCCACAACAGGCGAGCCAGUAUACGCUGCUGAACAUGGCUCGCCCCUACACAGUCCGUCGCAUCCGCCGGGUCCUGAACGCGAAGGCAUUUACCAACAUGCUCGGGCUCAAGGGACCACCGCAGCCGGACGACCUCAGGAGCUUCUGGAAGGCAGUCAACUCGAAGGCACUGACGGCGAGGGAGAGGGAAGUUUGGUUCAAGCUGAUCCUCCGCUUCACCCCGACGCGCAAGCUCCAGCACGAGCAAAAGCACGACACUUCUCCCGCGUGCCUCGUGUGCGAAGCGCCGGUGGACGACACCGAUCACUACUUCUUCGGCUGCUUCGACUCGCGAAACGUCUGGAUCGCGGCGAGGGGCGUGCUCUGCGACGCGCUCGGAUGCGACACGAUCGAGGACGCCGAGUACACGAUCAACGACAAGCUCCUGACAAGCUCAAGGCCAAGCUCAGCGGAAGGCGCGGCAGGACGAUCGAGAUCUUCACGGGGAUGGUCUUGGAGAUGA